AGGGUUCAGUGGUGGACGAUCCGGCUUGAUUAGUGAUGUCUGAUCAGUGAAGACCACGCUGCUUCAAGAAUGGACGCCUUCGAUUUGUUUCGGAAACUCGGAGCUGGAGCUAAGUUUGACCUGAAAAGGUUUGGACAGGACGCGAACCGGUUCAAGGUUGUCAAACCUCAGGGAGGAGAAGCUUCCAUAGAUCCCCUCUCUGCCAUUGAUUACUUCGGCGCAGGCCUGGCCAAUGGAGCGCAGAGCAGCCCCACAGAGCUGGAGGAGCAUGGAGAGGAGGAUGAGAAAGAAAGUGACAGUGGAGAUUCUUCUGCAGGAGUCAAAAGACAGAGAGAGGAAGAAGAAGAGAAGAGCCUGAGGACAAAGAAGAAGAAGAAGAAAAAGACGAAAAUUAACCAGGUGGAAGCUGGGGCCACAGAGGGAGGUGGCAUCACCUGGACGUCCUCACAGGAAAGAAAGAUCCUGAAUUUGCCGACCGACGCGAAGGAGAAAAACUCUAUGAAGAGGCUGAAACACCUUCAUCAGCAAAAGGUGAACCAUAUUCGCUCCCAGCACCGUAUAAACGUCCACGGCUGCGAUGUGCCCGACCCAGUGUCCACAUUUGACGAGCUGCAGUCCGAGUAUCGUCUCCACACAUGUGUCCUUCAGAACCUCAAAGACGCAGGGUUGAAUUCCCCAACGCCAAUACAGAUGCAGGCGAUACCGCUCAUGAUGCAUGGUCGGGAGCUCCUGGCCUGCGCUCCCACUGGAUCAGGGAAGACGUUGGCUUUCUGUCUCCCGCUGCUCGCACAGCUGCAGCAGCCGGCCAACCUGGGCUUCAGAGCGGUGGUUAUCUCCCCGACCAGAGAGCUGGCCAGCCAGACCUACAGAGAGCUGCUCCGUCUGUCAGAGGGAAUCGGAUUUCGAGUUCACAUUAUUGACAAAGCCUCUCUGGCAGCGAAGAAAUAUGGAUCACAGUCAAACAAAAAAUAUGACAUACUCGUGAGUACUCCGAACAGACUCGUCUUCCUUCUCAAUCAGGAUCCUCCAGCUCUCGACCUCAGCAGUGUGGAGUGGCUGGUGGUGGACGAGUCAGACAAGCUGUUUGAAGGGGGUAAGACCGGCUUUAGGGAACAGCUGGCCACAGUGUUUCUGGCCUGCUCGGGGUCAAAGGUGCGCAGGGCGUUCUUCAGCGCCACCUGCACACCGGAUGUUGAGCAGUGGUGUCGUCUGAACCUCGACAACCUGGUGUCGGUCAACAUCGGACACAGAAAUUCAGCAGUGGAGACGGUGGACCAGCAGCUGCUGUUUGUGGGCACAGAGAACGGCAAACUGGUCGCCAUGAGGGACAUCAUCAAAAAAGGUUUCCUUCCUCCCAUGCUGGUGUUUGUUCAGUCUAUAGAUCGAGCACGCGAGCUUUUCCAUGAGCUGGUGUAUGAAGGCAUCAACGUAGAUGUGAUCCACGCAGACCGCACACAGCAGCAGAGGGACAAUGUGGUGAGCAGUUUCCGCUCCGGUAAGAUUUGGGUGUUGAUCUGCACGGCGCUGCUCGCCAGAGGAAUCGACUUCAAAGGGGUCAACCUCGUGCUGAACUACGACUUCCCCACCAGCGCUGUGGAAUACAUCCACCGUAUUGGUCGAACAGGCCGAGCUGGACAUCAGGGGAAGGCCAUGACCUUCUUCACAGAAGAUGACAAACCACUGCUCCGAAGCAUCGCUAAUGUCAUUAAACAAGCUGGCUGUCCUGUGCCCGAUUACAUGAUCGGCUUUAAGAAGAUUCACAGCAAAGAUAAGCGCAAACUUGAGAAGAGGCCUCCAAAGAGAAGCACCAUUUGCACAACCCCUCGUUUCUUAAUGAAGAAAACGGGCAAAGAACAAGGACAGAAAGAACAGAAGAGAGCAGCGGAUGGAGAGCAGAAAGGAGAAAAGAAGACCAAAGGACUGAAAGUGAAGAAAAGAAAUGAAACUCAAAAAGAAAGGGGACCAAAAAAACAAAGCAGGACGUCACAGAAGAUGGGAUCAAAUUCCCCCGCGGCUAAGUUUAAGAACAGGAAAGGAGGAAAGAAGACUAAGCCACAAAAGGAAUAGAAGAAUUGGUACAAACAGCCUGAUAUGAACUUGGAUGUCAAUGCUUUUUUUUUUUUUUCAUUUUACGGUUUUAUUUUACUGCAAAUUUUUUUGUCUGUGCUUUGUGUUAUCAGAGUAUAAAAUAAACUGUUUUAUAUAUACAUAUAUAUAAAUAUAUAGUUGUGUAUGUUACAUUUGCUCACCACUGAAAGAAGAUGUUUAACAAAUAUUCUUCAAUACAAAAUGAAGAACGGAAUAGAUGGAUGUUGUAAUAGAAUACAACAAAGUUGGUAGUAAUCCACAGGUGCACUCACACAUAACGGAAAAUAAGUAAAACACUUUAAAGUACUAAUUGAAGGGCAACUAUAUAAAUAAAGCUUAUAAGAUAAUACAAUAUGAGACUUAAGACAAUGAGAUACGAGCUGAACUAUUGCAUUUGGGGUGGUGCAUGUGAGAGUUGAGAGUAGUAUCAGAUAGCAGUAUAAAAUAUAAAUUAGCGAUUGCGUGAUGUAUGAUUAAUUUUAACAAUAUGGACCCAGUUACACUGAAGAAGGAAAAACAUGAUUAUGAAAAAUAUAAAUGUACCUGUUAAUGCAGGUAAUUCUGGGAGAGACGGGGAACCAAAUUCCCUUCAAUGUGUUUUAUGUCCAUCAGUCGCUCAACAAUGCAAUUUGUAUCAGGCAAUUCGGGAACAAAUUUGAGACCGGUGUACAUUUAUAUCAUUUAAACGAUAGAUUGUACUUCAUGUGCUUGAUUGAUGUUAUUUGGAUUAUUGAUGACCACACAACCACGUUGGGGAAAUAUUUUUUUUGGGGGAAAAAAGUAAGAUCUAGACAAAAGUGACACUGCACAAUAAACCAAUAUAUGGACAGGACAACCUCACAUACAGUAACACAACAGUGCAGAGUGUUUAAAGUGGGUGUGAUUACUGAUCGCAAGGCCCUGCAAAAGGUGGUGAAGACAGCGGAGCAUAUCAUUGGCUGCCAUCUCCCUUCCGUGCAAGGCAUGUACAACACAAGAUGCCUGAGAAAAGCACAAAACAUCAUCAAGGACCACAGGCACCCAGGCUGUGGACUGCUCACACUGCUGCCGUCUGGCAGACGUUACCUGAGCAUCUGAGCACGGACUAC